CAUGAAAGUCACUUAAAAGCCUCCUACAAAUGGCUCACAAACAAUUAACAAAGAAUCCAAAGUACUCCAUCACCAUGAGAAGUUCUCUUCUUCAUCUUCUUCUCUUCAUUUUCACCAUCAUUCUUCUCCAUGGCAGCACAACUGCCAAGAAACAACCACUCUUUGGUGGCUCACACCCUAUCAAAAACUUAACAGACCCUCACAUCUUAGACAUUGCCAACUUUGCAGUGACACAGCACAACAAAGAGACCAACUCAAACCUCAACUUUGAAAGAGUUAUCAAAGGAAAAAUUGGAGUUGUUGAAGGUCUUGAGUACCAUCUCAUCAUUGAAGCCAAAGAUGGUACAAACAUCUGCAAAUAUGAAGUUGUGGUUUGGGAGAUGGAAUGGCUGCACUUCAGGAACCUUACUUCAUUCAAGCUCUUGAAAAAGAAGUCACAAGAUGCAUGGAAACCAGUUGAGAACUUGGAGAAGGAUGUGCAUGCCUUGGAAAUGGCUGGGUUUGCAGUGAUGGAGCAUAACAAGAAGGAUAAGGAUGUGUUGGUGUUGAAGAAGGUGGUGAGUGGAGAGACUCAAGUGGUUGAUGGAGUUAAGUAUAGGUUUGUUAUAUUGGCUGUUGAUAGUGCUAAGGUUUGUCAUAGUUAUGAAGCUGUGGUUUGGGAGAAGGCCUGGAUUAAGUUUAAGAAACUCACUUCUUUCAAGCUUCUCAAGAAACUCACUUGAUUGAUUUUGUUGUUGUUUUUGGGUUGAUUUAUGCUUGGCUUUUCAUAUAUUUAUGUACAAUAAAGGAAGGCAAUGUUGUUGUGGUUUUAAGUAGGAAUUUUCCAAUU